CACUCCUCUCUUCACUUUUUCCCCAUCUCUCUCUGUCUGCAUGCUCCGGCGACGCGCGUGAUAUCCAAUUUCCGGUGCUUUGCUCGUGUGUGAGAUUGCCUAUUUAAUCUCAUAUUGCAGAAGACAAUACCUAGUAUAUAUAUUUGGCAUCUCUAUAUUCCUCAACACUGUACCAAGCAGGCAAUUCAGUCACUCACAUCAAAUAUCGAGUAGAAGAAGGCCUCGUUCUUCAAAAACAUAAGACGACAGUCAUGGGCGAGACGUCUGUCCAUCCUUUCCCUAACAAUGAUGGUGCAAUUGAAAUUUCAAGGACACUGAGAGAGGUUCCACCAGGUGAUUACCUAUUUCAAAUCAAAUCGUUCUCAUUGCUUUCCAAGGCAGAAGAGAAAAGAUUUGACUCGAGUGACUUUGAAUCAGGUGGUUACAAAUGGAAAUUGUGUCUAUAUCCGACUGGAUAUGAGAAGGAAAAUGGGAAAGGGCAUAUCUCUCUCUACUUAGCAAUAUCAGAGGCAGAUACAUUACCUCUUGGUUGGGAGGUUAAUGUCGAAUUCAAAUUGUUUGUGUAUGAUCAUAUCCGAGACAAGUACUUGACCCUCCAAAAUGCUGAUGGGAGACUAAGACAUUUCCACAGGUUUAAGACGGAGUUCGGUUUUGCCAAAUUACUUUCCCUUGACACUUUCAAAGAUGCUUCUAACGGAUACCUUAUUGAUGACUCCUGUGUGUUUGGGGCCGAGGUUUAUGUCAUUAAAUCUACUGGCAGAGGAGAGUGUCUUUCUUUGAAGGAGGAAACUUAUUUCAAUAGUUACGCUUGGGAGAUCAAAAAAAUUUCUGAGAGAAAAGAGAAGCGUUUGUUCUCUGAACCUUUCACCAUUGGAAAGCACAAAUGGAAGAUACUUGUUUAUCCCGAAGGACAUGGCAGUGGAAAGGGCAAAAGCUUAUCUGUCUUUCUAUGUUUAGAUAAUUGCGGAUCCCUUCCAACCAAGGUAAAAUUGUAUGUGGAAUUUAGCGUCUUGGUAAAAGACCAAGUCAAUGGCAACCACUGCGAAAUGAAAGGUGGUUACUGGUUCUGUGACCUAAGCAAAAGCUGGGGUUUUGAUCUAAUUUCUCUUCCUGAUCUGCAUGACGAAUCGAAGGGGUUCGUAGUACUAGAUAGUCUGGUUGUUGAAGUGUAUAUUCACGUGAUGUCUGAUGUGAAAGAGUUCUCCUCCAAAAUGCCUGCUUUAUAA